AUGGCCAACUGUAAUCCUGUUCAGACACCUGUUGACACGUCCCGUAAACUCAGGUCCAAUGUUGGGGCACCCAUUUCUGAUCCUACCGAGUUCUGUAGUCUUGCUGGCGCCGUGCAAUAUCUUACAUUUAAAUGUCCCGAUAUCUCCUAUGUUGUCCAACAGGUAUGUAUGCACAUGCAUGCGCCUUAUACAGAAUAUUUUAAUGCUUUGAAGCGCAUACUUUGUGAUGCCGAUUGGGCGGGUUGCCCCGAUACCCGACGUUCCACGUCUGGGUACUGUGUAUAUCUUGGUGACAAUUUACUUUCUUGGUCCUCUAAACGACAGCCUACUAUAUCUUGUUCAAGUGUCGAGGCCGAGUAUCGAGGUGUGGCUAAUGUUGUAGCAGAAAUUUGUUGGUUACGCAACUUACUACUCGAGCAACAUCAACGCACUAAUCACAUUGAGAUUGACAUUCAUUUUGUUCGAGAAAAGAUUCAACGGGGACUUGUUCAUGUUCUUCAUGUUCCUUCACGUUAUCGGUUGGUAGAUAUCUUCACCAAAGUGCUACCAAGAUUUCUUUUUCAUGAUUUGUCCACAAAUAUCAAGGAUUUGGUAAUAGCCAAAACAAGCACAAAAGAUACUUGA